UCACGCUAAAUCCUCAAAGAUUGGAACAAACUGAUCAAUUAUUUAAAAAAUCAUUACUUAAAACGCCGUAACUAUAACUGUCACUGCAAAGAUCAACCUACCUGUAGAUCUAUACCAAUCACUGAAAAUGGCAGCUGGAGACUCCUCAUUUGAAAGUCUUGACGAGAUAGACAACUUCUCAGAUUCUGGCAGUGACUACGAGGCGACAUUAAAAUCCACAAAGCGGAAAAAACAGGCAGUGACUGGUCCAAAGCCACCCAAGAGACCCAGGCAUAGAGCUGCAUUGAGGGGGUCCAGCCUCAGUAGCACUAGCAGCUCCAUCCCCACCCCUCCAACCCCCCCCCUGCUGCAGCAGUCCCGAGGGAGAUCCAAGCAGGGGAACCAGGGAAUUAGUGCAAAGGAUAUCUAUGAUGCUGUCCGCUCUGGAAAGAGUGCCAUGGUGACGGUGGUGGACGAGUGGCUGGACAGCUACAAGCAGAGCCGAGAGGCUGGGCUGCUGGUGCUCAUCAACUUCAUUGUUCAGUCCUGCGGAUGCAAAGGUGUGGUGAGCAGAGAGAUGUUUGACAGCAUGCAGAACGCUGAGAUCAUCGGCAUGCUAACCAAAGAGUUUAAUGAGGACUCAGUGAACUACCCUCUGUGUACUCCAGGCCCUGAGAUGAGGCGUUUCAAAGCCAGCCUGUGCGAGUUCACUCGGGUUCUGGUGCGCUCCUGUAGGAACAGCCUUAUUUUUGACGAGUACCUGUUCCCCUCCCUGCUGGCUCUGCUCACCGGCCUGUCCGACUCGCAGGUCAGAGCCUUUAGACACACCAGCACCCUGCUCG